UCUACCCACAGGCUUGUUUCUCAGUGAGGACUAUUUACAUGCCAAGUUCCAAGUCUCCUUUCUCCCCUCUUUAAAGGGAGGGAGGGGGGAUGUCUAGUUUUUCAUGGUGUGGAAAGUAAAUAUUUCAUAUUCCCAACUCAAAAAUAGUGAAAAGGGAUUUUGCUCAAGGGGAUUCUCUUAGAAAGACCAAGCGUCUGUGGAGAACAUCACCCCGUCCGGUAUUGACUAUUGAAGAUCGGCAGACCUUCCACUAGAGACGCAACUCACGGAAAAGACCGUUUUGGCAACUUGAAAGACACUUCAAGCUGUCGACUAGAGAACUUUUUGAAAACAUCCGUUUGCUGUUGUGUGAAGUUGAAACUGAGAGGGGCUUUUAUACACAUCUGAAAAGCACAACCGGCACUCAGAUGGCCAGCAACAACACCGCCAGCAUAGCACAAGCCAGGAAGCUGGUAGAACAGCUGAAAAUGGAGGCCAACAUUGACAGAAUAAAGGUGUCAAAAGCAGCGGCAGACCUGAUGGCGUACUGCGAAGCCCAUGCCAAGGAAGACCCUCUACUGACCCCGGUGCCAGCUUCAGAAAACCCCUUUAGAGAGAAGAAGUUCUUCUGUGCAAUUCUGUAAGCCCCCCAUGAGCCUGACAUGCACUCGGCCCGCUCUGAACACUGAUGUAGCGUUUUUAGCAAUGUGGACAACUUUCUAGUCCACAGAAUUUAAAAAAUAACAAGGCCUGGAAGAUCCGGAGAUGUGCAUGUUUAAAGAAACUGGUCACCUUUUUGGGGAAUAAGAUCUACAUCAUGAGGCAGAAGAUCUGAGAUCUGCAGAGUCAUCGAGAUAGAAAAAUAUGUAAAGAUUAAGUGUGUGUCACUUUUCUGCUCACAAAAAAAAAACAACAACAAAAAACCCUUGUUUGAUCCAUAUUUAAAAAAGACACUUGUGCUGAGCAAAGUAAAGGCUGAGGCUGUGUAUAACCUCAUUGGAAUGAUUAUCGUUGGGUUUUUCCAAAUAAUACUCUUAUUUAAGUUGAAUUGUCAAAUAUCACAACAGGCUAGAUUACUAUUAUAUUACUUAAUGUUCGGUCUUGUGCUUUUUUUUUGUUUUGUAUUUUUGUUUUUGCAUUAGAGUAGCACAGAGAUGGGUGGGAUUCCUCAAAAGAUAACAAACUAAACUGGUUAGCAAGGGCUUAGUCAGUGAUACUUCACAUCUGCAGUGUGAACACUGUCUGUCUGUGUGUUUCUUGCAACCUAUUACCACGACUUCUAACACUUGUAUAUGGUAGCUUCAAUUCUGCAAGUAAAAGUAAAUCAGGUGUUGUGAUUGGUGCUUCAUAUUUUUGUGACUACUUUUAAGUAAUAGUGCAUGAAAAUAUCCUUGUGUUCAAUCCAUUUAGAAACUUCUAUUGUUUGGAGCCACAUGCUGGUGGAAGACGCUGUAGAGAAAAAACAAAAGAUGUUCUGACAGCAAAGAGAAAACUACUCUAAUGCCUUAGAUGUGCCUGAAAUACCUCUCAUGUUAUGUAGGGUUGCCAGCUACUGAGAAGCCUAUUCCUGAAAUCAGAACAGUUUAUAUGGGGAAUUUAGGGUCACUCAGAUCCCUGGAGGUCAUAGGUUAAAACCAAGAAGGAAAAUUAUAUACAUUUAUGUUGACCAAGUUUUCUCUGGUCCUCCCCUACCCUUCUGUGCUUCUUCUCUUUACCCAUAUUUCUUGAUUUUAAUAUCACUCGAUCUAUAUUAAUGUUUCACAGCAGCAUGUCUUCUCUGAACCAUGUCCCUUAAGCAGCGUGACAGAACCAGUACCCAGCAGGCCUGCUGCUGUACUGUGUUAAGUGGCUGAUCCAAGCGCGGCUUGAUUCAGAGGGGACCUCAGAUGGAAGGCAGUGCAAGCUUGUCCACCCCUGCGCAAUUCUCUGCUUCCCCUAUACUGCCCUCGAUGGGUCUCUUUUCCCAAAUCUGUAGGCUCGAAACCCCAGUGUUUACAAAACUCCCUCUGCCAUCGAAUCUGACCGCAAUUUUCAACCCUCUCUUCCCCCACUCAUUGUUCAGAACAUGCUUUUAAUAACAGCAGGGCCAUAGCACUCUGUACCCAAACAAUGGCAACAUGCAGGUCGCAAAUGUGCAUAUGGUUAUAAUAGCAAGAGGACUCCAUACUGAUGGACUAAGGGUGAUCUAUCAACCACCGAAAUUUUUGUUAAUGUGUUGGACUCCCGUUAUCUGGUCACUAACCAUCCAGCCCUUUGUGAGCUUUCACCAUGUAUUUCUUACCGCUUUAACAACCCAUCAUGAAACAAAACGAGAGUGAAGAAAAUCGGGUGCGUCUUUAAAUAGAGCCCCCAAUUACAGGGUGGUAUAUCGACACGACAUACCUCGAACAGCUUAAGGUGGAAGCUUGCACCUUCCUCGCUUUGUAAGCGUCACGUUUUGAGUUGCUGUUCCAGGUGUGCCUCCAUUGAAGCCUCCAAGCUGGACAAUGAGGCGUUAAGAAAGAUGGAGAGGUGGCUCUAAUCAAUCGGAUGAGCCCUGCUAAUCAGGGCAAAGCCAAACCAUCAGAAUGGGGUCCUGGUGGAAGCUCCCAGUGCUUUGCUUACAUGUAGCCUAAAAUUAACAUAUUUGUUUAAUCAGCUUUAGGAAACUCGUCCUAACCAGAUGGAGA